AUGGAUCGAACUGCUACAGUACCGGAUGAAGUCCUCCGUGCCGUCUUCUCCUUCGUCCAGGCUGUUGAUCCCAUACAAUCGAUAUUGGACUAUCGCCCUCGUCGCUCGUCACCAUAUACAAAGACCCCGUCCGUACCGCACGUCCACUCCAAGUUUGGGUGGAUCAACGUUACCUACGUGGAUCGCCGCUGGAGAAGGGUCGCCAUUGAUCACGCGGUGCUCUGGACUAAACUCGACGGCAGUCUGGGUACCGUCUGGCUGCACGAGUUCAUCAAACGGAGCCGGGAAGCGCCAUUGUCUAUCAACAACUACGAUGUAUCGUCUUUCACAAAUACCCCCACAGCUAAGCUGCGCCAAGAUAUAGCACCUAUCUUAGGCGAUCUAUUGCUCACAGACUAUGCACGUUUAUCCUCUCUUUUCCUAUUUGCCCCGACCAUCGGAUUUCAUCGAGAUGCAUUCACGCGAAACUUUGAUGCGUUGGAAGAUAUUACCGUGGAAGACAUAUUCAGUGCAAUGCCGGCGUCCUAUCCGCUCCACCUACUAUUGGAUUGUGCCCCUCGUCUACACAGACUCCGAUUCUUCCUCCCUAACUGCGACUUCACGACAUUCGAUUGGACCCACAAGAAUUUGAGCAACAUAGGGUCCCUCGACAUGACCAUGGCGGAGCGCUUUCAGAUUCCGGAUUUUCUCACCGCUCUCCAGCGCCUCAACUCUCUCUCUCAUUUGACCCUAACACAUUACGUUCAACGGAGAUGCCCUCUCUCCUGCGAGGCGUGUUCCACGGCGAGAUGUGAAGAUCGGGUCCGCGUACCGUCCCUGAAGACCAUGAUGCUGGAGCUAUCCUCGGAGAUGCUCGUGCAUCUACUACGGCAUAUUCGGCUGCCCUCUGAUACCCGCUUGUCGUUAGCCUCAUUCGGUCCCUCUAAAGACGAGUCUGUGAACUACGCGCUUUCACGCGAGCUUAGCCAACUUUCCCGCUCACGUCAAGAAACGUCACCCCCUCAGUUCGCUUUCGUCGACUUCCAACCUACUGGAGCAAACGAUAUGACCAUCGAAUUGUCGCAGAUAGCGGAUUAUCAUCGCAUCUUUCCGCGCAACAGGAGACGAAAACCCGUGCAUGAUGCUCAACUCACUCUAUACUAUCCGCUCGAGAGAGGAGAUAUCCUAUUGCCGAGCCUGGGCCUGAGUUUCGCUCACACCUUGAGCGUCGUGGAUGCAGGCACUGCCGUUAAUGGUGCGAUACUACAGUUCACGUGCUUUCCCAAUGUCGCGCGCCUUCGCCUCAGUGGCACGGCUCGGCAGGGUGGGGCGAUAUACCACGGCCUUGAGGUUUUGAAAGACGCAGCGGUCUUAUCGGAGCUUCGCUUUCUGGACAUGGACGCCACAGUCUUUGACUUGCGGAUGGUACUCUAUGGGAUCAACUGUGCCAGUGGAUGGCGUGACGGGCUAGUAUCCACCUUCGAGAAGGUGCUUCAGGCGCGCAAGACUGCAGGAAAGCCGCUUCAGGCGCUCUAUGUGCAUGUCGAAGAGGAGAUAGCAUUGGUGGAGCAGGGAAACGUGAACGGGACCAGCUGCAUGUAUUGGCCCAUGCGAAAGGUGCUCGAGGCCGUCGAAUGCCUUAAAGCUGUGGAGGGUUUGAUUAUCGUGCGCAAGGACUAUGAUCCCUUUUCAAGCUGGCCCUCUGCGUGUUAG